AUGCAUGGUAGUACAACAGUAGCCGUUGACGUUACUCACCCAGUGAAAUGCACGUUAAUCGACUGGAUACGCUUACCCGAUCACGUGGAAUAUGUGAUAGAAGUGAACAGUCAAUUGGGAAUUGGGAAGUCGUGGCGCAUCCAGCGACGUUAUGCACAGUUUCGGAAGUUGAAUUCACAGGUCGAAAAAUUUGGUGCUGGUUUAAGAUUCCCUCCAAAAAAAUUCAUUGGGAAUGCAAAGGAAGCAUUCAUCAAACAGCGUAUGCUGGCUCUGCAGGAAUUUUUGGAUGCUCUCUGCCUACAUCCGAUUCUGUAUGCAUGCCCAACAGUAGCUAAUUUUCUCGAAAGCUUCACCGAAACUUACAUUGGUUUGCAUGAAUGGAUUCUUUUAUCGUUUCGCGAUAAACGUCAGUGGAUCAUUAGGCAACAAAGAAAACAUUGUGGUUGGCGAUCUGGCAAAGUACACUAUGAAAUUAGAUGUGGUUCUUUAAAGUUGAUGCUUUCUGGCGUUCGUUAUGGUCCAGAUCGUUUCGGAACAGUGGCAAGUCUUAACAGUGCCCUUGAAUUCUUUCGGACUCUGCAUUGUCCACAUUUAAAUGAAAGUGUAACAAGCUGGGCCACUGAUGGUGGAAUUAUAUACAUCAGACCUAUUUUCAAGGAAGGAACACUGCGUGAUCGGCUUUAUAAGAGCAAUUGGAAGGACGAUUUUUUCACGAAAUAUAGAAUGGAUAGUCCGAUUUGCUCAUUUGAAACUUAUGAUAUUCGCUUAAUUUGUCGGCAGUUGCUUGAAACACUGACAUUACUAAAUGCGAUUUCUGUGCCAUAUCUCGAUGUUCAUGCAGGAAAUGUUGUUAUCACAGAAUGCGGUUGCGAGCUAAUUGAUUUAGAUCAAGUCCUAACUGGACAACCAAGUUUUCGACGUCCUUCAAUGUUGUGUUCUCAGGCUAUUAAUACUCUCGAGGAUAUGUUUGUAUUCACAUUCGGUGAACUUCUAUUCGAACUACUUACGGGUUUUUUCACGUUUCCCAUGCAUUCAGCGAGUGAAGCACUUACCAUUGUACCACCUAUAUUCCUGCCUUUAUUAAAUUCAAUAUUUUUGGCAGAAGUUCGCUGUUUACCACGGCUGCAAGAAAUAAUCAAUUCAAGGCAAGUGAUCUUUUUUCGGGAUCUAAAGCCUUAA